AAGUAAAACUUAUCGUGAGGAGUUGUCUCAUCCCUACUGGCAACGACGAACAACUUUGUUAUUCUUUUGUCCAUAUAAAUUAUUGCUAGCUCUUGCCACCGCCGGAGAACUUGUCUGGAGUUGCUCCACCAAAGCAGGCUGUUGCAGAAACACCACACUCGAAGAGGGCGUCAACAAAAAAAAAGGCAGUGGGGGGUGGAUUCCAAUAAAAAAAGAAACCACUACAACAAGAAAUAAAGAUUUAUCCUGACUCUUGAGAUUAUCAUGAGCAACCACAGAUAUCACAAUGGCGGGAGCUACAUGCAUCCGCGGAUGUCCUAUCCGCACCACUUCACCUAUGUCUCGUCCUGCGUCAAAUACAUGAUCUUUUUACUGAACUUCCUGUUCUGGCUGUUUGGCGGACUGCUCCUGGCCAUCGGCGUGUACGCUUUUAUGGAUAAGCUGAAGGAUGGAAACGGUUGGAUGCGUGUGGACACAGUAUACGACGUCAUUUUCAAUGUUUCGUUGGUGAUGAUCAUCGCCGGGAUCGUGGUGUUUGUGGUCAGUUUUGCUGGAUGCUUGGGAGCCCUGCGCGAGAACACCUGCCUGCUGAAGUUCUACUCGAUGUGCCUCCUGAUGUUCUUCAUCAUGGAGAUGACGCUGGCUAUCAUAUGCUUUGUGUUCCCGCAGUACAUGAAUUCCUUCUUGGAGUACCAGUUUACGGAUAAAAUAAUCCACUCCUAUCGCGACGACUCCGACCUGCAGAACUUUAUUGACUUUGCCCAGCAGGAGUUCAAGUGCUGUGGACUGAGUAAUGCUGGAUACCAAGAUUGGAGUAAGAAUGAGUAUUUUAACUGUUCCUCCCCGUCAGUGGAAAAGUGUGGAGUUCCAUAUAGCUGCUGCAUCAACGCCACCGAUAUCAGUUCGGGAUUGGUAAACAUUAUGUGCGGCUAUGGCGUCCAGGAGCACUCAGUGGCUGCCGCCAGCAAACGCAUCUGGACAAGCGGCUGCAUCGAGAUUGUACGGGUCUGGGUGGAGCGAAAUCUUUAUGUGAUUGCGGGCGUGGCCCUGGGCAUCGCCCUACUCCAGCUUUUCGUCAUUUACCUGGCCAAGACACUUGAGGGCCAGAUCGACCUGCAGAAAUCGCGCUGGUCGUGAGUGCCAUACCACAAUCCGUACUUGUACGGAUACCCGCCGUGCGAAGACGACCCAUACUAUAACACUCGAAUGUGAAUCUGGUCCUGACCGUGCUCAAAUAGCUUCGAAUCCAUCUCUAAUCCAAGCCCUAGUUCAAUCCAUAGACCCGAAUUUCAAUGACUCUCUAAAUUGUGUUCUUUACUUCCAACAAAAAAGUCUUAAAAUCGUAUUUUUUACUCUUUAGGCUAAGGUCUCGUAUUUAUAUCAAUAUGUAUUCACAAAGUAGAAAUUAUGUGUGUUUUAUACGUCAAUGUGAUUCUUAUUCACAAGUACACAACACAAUUGAACAAAUUUAAACGUUUUAAUCACGUAUAUAUGCAAUAUUGUACUAUUUAAAACACUUGUAUAUAAGUUAGCCACUUCCAUAAGAAUUAUGCAUUUAAAAUGAGAAUUAUAUUUAAAAGACGAAACCAAAACUGCAUGUAACUUUGAUCAAAAAACUAAAAAGGAAGCAAACAUACUAGACUUAUUAGGAAUUUUAAGUGUAUGUGCGUCUGUGUGCAAAUCCUUGUUGUAGUGUGUAUUCAAAUACAGAUAUACUAUAUUCAUGAUCA